AGUACAGUAAGGAUAUUUUUGAUCAUCAAAAAGGAAAGAACGAGCGUUUUGCAAGUCUCGCUUACGUACUCAACGACAACACUGUGGAUGUUUACACAAGGCCGAAGUUCUGCGAAACGAUCAACUAGCUACUGAGAAAUGUUAGAACAACCAGCUCCAUCAAUAUAUUACGUCGUCUUAGAUGAAACAUCUUUGUAGUGGACAAGAUGGCGGAGGUUAUGCGUCUCGAGCUACUCGGCGAGAAAACUCUGCAUCAAAUGGUGAAUCCUGAACUGCUCGCAUAUUGUCCAUCGAUGGACCUAAUAGCGUUGGGUAGCACGGAUCAGCAAGUCUUGAUCUAUCGUUUGAAUGGACAGAGAGUUUAUGGGGCUGCACAAAAAUUCAAUACUCUUCGCGUUGAAAAGAUCAGCUGGAAGCCAAAUGGUAUCGAACACUCCUAACUUUCAUUAAUAUAUUUAUACUGAUACCUGCGUAGGACAAUUACUAGCAAUCGCUUGGAGUGAUGGAUCUGUUCGCCUUGUUGGUGCUGAAAGCACAAAGGUGGUCCACCACUUCUCUGCAACUUCAGAUGAUCAAGAUUUCUCUGGGAUCACGUGCAUGAGUUGGAGUUCAAACACCAUCGGCAGAAAAGUUGCAAAUAAAACCUCGAAGCUUGUCCCAAAUACCUUGAAGAACAUAUUUGCAAAUGAUUCAGAACUGUCUACGGGAAAGGGUGCUUUGGACCUACCAAGAGACCUCGCUCUUCUUGACAUUGAACCCAGCCUGCCGAAGCUAAGUGUACUCCCCACAGGUGGGACUUCGUAAGUGUGUCCGUUUUUCUUUCGCAACGCGUUUACUUACUACUUCUUGUCAGGGAUGAAGUUUUUAGUUCCAGAUCGUCUUUAGAUGCCCUUUUUCGUCCAUUUAACCCAGAAGAUAACGAAAUGGCCGAUGUUAUGGUUGUUGGGACGAAGGAGGGCAAUAUUCACCUCAGUAUCUACGAUUCAUUUGUGGUAGGAUCUUUCAAAGCUCCAGUCGUCGUUCAUAGACGUCCGGCAUAUCUUGUUUCACAUGCAUCCCACAAAUUGUAUUCAACGCAUGCAUUGCUCAUGAAAACCACCGAAUCUGAAGAAAGGAUUUAUUUCGUUCCAAUGGACCUUCGCUUCUUGUCCGCCUCGAGCGAGUAUCUUUCAAUCCUUGCAUCGCGGUCAACAGCUCUGGAAAACCUUCUCAGAUACAUCAAUCAAAUACGAAGCCUUAUGCUUGCGGAAUGGAAGUCGGCACAAGAAUUACCCAGCAGGUUCCUCCAUAACGUUAAUGAAACCCUUGCUACACAAGAUAAUCGAGAUAUUGUACAGGCACUUUACCAUUCGGUAGCCACUGGCCACACUUUUCCAGUCGUGCGCGAAUGGCUCGUGGAUGAGCUGACAGAAAGAGUAAGAUUGCUUCAUUCUACUGUUAAUGAGGUUUGUACUAAACGUAUAGGGCCAUAAAAGAUGGGACAAAGCCGUGGUAUCAGGUCUGGAGAACUUGCGGCGUUUAGUUCAUGAAAACAUGCUUCCUGCCCUUGAUCGUUGUUCCGUCAUUCUCAGCCGAUUAAAUGGAAUCGCUAAAUUUCAAGGUCCAGAUUCUUCCUUGGGCUUCACAAGUGCGCAGAUUACUUCAAUCAUGGAUACUGUCGCAUCUCUGCAUCUUGUUUCUGCGAAGAUUUUACUUCAGGUGGUAGAUGAGCUCGAACUCUUUACUUCAUUUUCUGCUUGGCUACGUCAUGAGAUCGAUAGGCUGGCAUCUGAUGGGUCUUCGUCCCAAAAUGACGACAACGGUGAUAAAGAGGCUUCAAUCGAUCAUGUUAAAGUAUUGCUAUAUAUCCAAACAGUCAUGAUCAACAGUCCGCUAGCAGCUUUUAUCGGUGAAGUUACGCCCGAGGAUUACCAGAACGAAAGUGCGCAUAUAGGGAAGGGCAUUCAAGUGUUCGAUUUGCUCACAAGGCAGUUAGAAAAGCAAGAACAAGGGUCCAAAUACAGAAAGACUUUGCCGCAAGUAGAAUUCCUGUACAAGUAUUUAAGAAAUCAGGCAGCUGCCAUAUUUACUCAAAUUGCGAACGCCGAGAAGAGCAACGUCCACUUUGGUAGGGCAAGUGAGCUAGGCAUGGCCCACAAGGAUGUGCCUGUCGAGAUGAAGAUGAAUAUGAUCGUAAGUAUUACUAUGAUUUUGCCUUCCGACGCUGAUGGAUUUUAGGAUCGUAAUGUAUGCCAUAACUAUAUCGCUUUUGUGCCGAAAGACUCUUUAAAUCAAGGUCGGUCAAUAUCCCACUUACAGAUUCAUUUCGGACUAGAUUUGAUGGUGGACAAUAGUUCAAGUAGUUCAGAUUGAGCUUUUCGUCGAGAAUGGAAUUAGCACUGUACGCAGCACGAAUUCAUCCGUCCUCCAGCUUGGCGAUGGGCAAAUCAUGGACUUUAAAUUCAUGGACGACAGCACCAUACUCGUGCUGUGGGAGGCCAAUGGUAAGGCGCACACAAAUCUGUCUUUCAGAACUAACACGGUUAUAGGGAAGUGCAAUCUUCUAGGAAUACCGUACAACAAUGGGAGCGGAAGCCACAUAAAAUAUCAACCUCAUCGAAUUUCCGCAAGUCGCUCCAAGGCAAUCAUUUUGAGCAAUGAAGAGGUAAUUAACAAGUUCUUGCAAACCGAGUUUCCAGGUGACGGUUCGAUUAUCCCAGAAAUCAUGAUGAUCCGAUCACAAAUUGGCUCGAAAAACGAUGACCAGAUGAAGAGAUUGGUGGUUUUGGCCAAAGAUAGGCUUCGUUAUAAAGUUUUCAAAUUGGCUGGAGAAUCAUCCAAUCGAAACAUUAGUGAAGAUAUCCCAAUGUCAUAAAUACAAGUAAGAAGAGUACUGUGCUACGGUAACAAAAGUUAACACGAUAGCACUUUUUGAUCGCUUUUGCUAGUUGCAUCGAGUAUCUCGACGGACAACAUCAAACUAGACGACGCACAAUAUAACAUAAAGAAGAGCAAACCAAUAGAAGCUCUCCAUUCGGCUGUUGGUAGAUUUCACUGUCCAAAUACAAAGUGGGGAGAGUAGUAGUGGCGGCGACGGACUGCAUUAAGCGUAUGCACUAAAAAGGGCAGCCUAGGGCUCUUCGAUAUUUUCAAGCACAACUUUCAGAUAAGAAAAACCAGCAUCAUUGAUACUAAAGAUCAGUCCGCCAAUUUUAACAAUAUUUUUCUACACACGCUUGUGAUACUUGAUUUUGAUACUUGAUUUUGAUACCCA